UUCUCACGCGCUCUCUCCGUUCCUGUCAUCGUCUGUUUCAACUGUCAUAGUCACUGCACUAACGCCAUCAACCCUUGGACGUUUUCCUUGUUUGCUUUUAAACGGUAAAUAAGAUUUAUUUGCUCGCUGCAUGGGAGGCAUUAAUUCACGGAAUAUGGAUAUCGAGCACGAUCCAGGGCUCGCUGCUGUCUUACAAUAUUUGAUACGCAGCGGUCAACUGAAUAUCAUAUCUUCGGAUCAUGAUGACUCGGACGAAGAAUAUGCUGCAAAUUCACAACCUCCAAGAAUUACGUCUGUGCCAAAUACAUCCAGACUAGAUAAAAGUGAAAUAAGUCUUGCCACAAAACAAGCAUGCGGAUUUAUAGAUAACAUUGAUAAACGUAAUUUGUCUGUGACAUCAAUGAUUCAAAAAAGAGCUCUAGGCCCUAGUUUUAGUACAGGAGAAAGGUGCAGAAUAAGUAGCAAUUUUUUACCAAAUAAAAUGCAUCAAGUUGCUAAAUAUAGUACCAAAGCAUUUUGUGGUUCUUAUUCUAAAGAUGGAAGAUUUUUCUUAACUGCCAGUCAAGAUAAAUUUUUACGUCUUUACCGAACACAUGAUGGAGAUUUUGUACAAUUCAAAACUAUUCCUGCACGAGAUGUGGGUUGGAGUAUUUUAGACACAGCAUUUAGUCCUGAUGGAAAUUAUAUUGUUUAUUCUAGUUGGUCAGAAUGUUUAUAUCUAUGUCCCGUUUAUGGAGAUUCAAGUGCACAAGAAUCAUUGUCAUUAUGUCCAGAAGAUCGAAGAUUUUGUGUAUUUUCUCUCGUAUUCUCCAGUGACGGGCGAGAAAUUUUAGGUGGAGCAAAUGAUGGUUAUCUUUAUGUUUACGAUCGAGAAUGUCAUCAACGGGCUUUUAGAAUCGAAGGUCAUGAUAAUGAUGUAAAUACAGUUGCUUUUGCAGACAAUACUUCUCAAAUCUUGUACAGUGCUGGAGAUGAUGGUCUUUGUAAAGUUUGGGACAGAAGGACUUUAAAUGAAACCGAUCCACAUCCUGUUGGGGUAUUAGCUGGUCAUAUGGAUGGUAUAACGUAUAUUGAUCCGCGUGGUGAUGGUCGUUAUUUGAUAACUAAUAGUAAAGAUCAGACGAUUAAAUUAUGGGAUGUUCGUGCGUUUUCUGAUCAUAAUGGUGAACAAAAUACGCGUAAAGCUGUUGCGAAUCAAAAUUGGGAUUACCGAUGGCAACGAGUACCAAAGCGAUUGCACAAAGCAAGAAAUAUGUUGGAAGGUGAUACUAGCAUUAUGACCUAUCGUGGUCAUUCCGUUCUUCAAACUUUAAUACGUUGUCAUUUUUCACCUUCGUCUAUUACUGGCCAAAGGUAUAUAUAUACUGGAUGUGCCGCAGGACGAGUAAUAAUAUAUGAUGUCUUAACAGGUAGGAUAGUUAGUAGUUUAGUAGGACACAAAGGAUGUGUACGUGAUGUUAGUUGGCACCCAUUCCAUCAGGAAAUCGUUUCUACGUCUUGGGAUGGUGCUAUUGUUAGUUGGCGAUAUGCUGGGAAGACUGCACUUGAUAAUUCUGAUUCGGAAGAAGAAACUGAUGCAGAAUCACCUCCGCGUACUUUAAGACGAAGUCAACGAAUAGCUGCUCAAAGAGCUAAACAUGCAGCAGCGUGUUGAGUCUCGUAGAUUUUAACCGGGAAACUGAAUGUUCUCGGGAAUUCAGUCUUUUCGUUCCUACGAGGAAAAAGUUAACAAUGCCUAGUGUUUGCGGCAGAAAAGUUUUACAUCGGUGACUGUUAAUCAUCGAAAUUCAGGAGACUAACUUUUUCUACAAGACUGAGUUUUUAUUGAAUACGCACCUCUACAGAAUCAAUGCUGCCAUUCUGGUCGGUAUGAUGUAAUGCGUUAUCAAAACUAUAUGCAUAUUGAUAACGAAAUAGACGAGGUACAACAGCACCGACUAUACAAUUCAUUCUCGUGGAACCGAAUUUGUUUUUACUCAAUAUUUAACUAUCUUUUUCAUAUUAAAUCUGAGUGGAGGAAAACGCGUUAUUAUUUCGUACUAUAAAAUGCAUAACACAUCAAACAAAAUAUAUGUAUAUUAUAUAAAUAUAUGGUAUACAUACAUAUAUGUAUAUAUGUGUGUAUAUUAUUAUUAUUAUUAUGUGAAUUAGAAAGGUUUUUUUGACACG